AUGAGAAAGUAUUUUUUUUUAAAUUAAUUGAUAAUUCAUGGGUAUCUUCGAUGCCUGGUUAUUAUCCUGAAAAUAGUGUUUAUUCUUUAGUAUUAAAUAAAAAUGAAGAUAGAUUAAUAUCAGUUGAAUAUGAUAAGGAAAUAGUAAUAUGGAGAAUAUAUUAAGAUAAUAACAUAAAAAUUUGAUCAGGUAUUAUAAGAAUGUUAAGGCUUUAUUUAUUCUCUUGCCAUUAAUGUUUUAGAUACUUAUUUACUUUCAAGUUGUAUAGAUUUACAUUAAAUCUUUGGGAGAAGAAUAUGUAGACUCAAAAAUAUUAUUUCUAACAAUGAUAUAUUUUGA